AUGAUUACUCCCAAGUUAUUUGCCACGCUAGACUCCGACGAACGAAAAUUGUGGCAUUCUCACGUCUUCGAGGUCAAAUCCGGAAUGCUCGUUAUGCCCCAGCCAUCACCUCUUGUACCCCAAGUAGCCUGGGAAAAGGCUGAGACCGCCGAGAUGGAGGACGUGAUUGAGCUAUAUGGCAAGGUAUAUCACCUAUGGCAGGUUGAUAAGGGUCACAAGAUCCCUCUCGGCACACCGCAAUUGAUGACGAGUAUCACAGCCGAUAGUCAGAUGCUCAAUUUCGACCAGGUUGUUGGCGAACGUGAUCAGAGGUUCGGCACAGACUGGAAGCGAAAGAAGGAAAUUCGGAAAGACAUCAAAGAACCUGAGAUUCAUCCUGAUGCAGACGAUGCUUGGAAACACAUAGCUUGA